AUGAGGAGCGAGACAGGGAAGGUGGUGUGUGUGACGGGUGGAUCUGGUUUUAUUGCUUCAUGGAUCGUCAAGUUUCUUCUUCAACGUGGUUACACCGUAAGGGCCACUGUUCGCGAUCCAAGUAAUCCGAAGAAGGUGAAGCACUUGGUUGAACUUGAGGGUGCCGAAGAGAGGCUGCAGCUGUUUAAAGCAGAUCUGUUAGAGGAAGGCUCCUUUGACUCUGUUAUUGACGGUUGUGACGGUGUCUUUCACACUGCUUCCCCUGUUCGAUUCGUUGUCAACGACCCACAGACUGAAGUGAUUGAUCCUGCAGUGAAGGGAACUCUUAAUGUUCUAAAAUCAUGUGCAAAUUCAUCAUCUGUCAAACGAGUCAUCUUAACUUCUUCUAUAGCUGCAGUUUUAUUUAAUGGCAAGCCUAGAAAUCCCGAAGUAGUUGUUGAUGAGACAUGGUUUUCGAAUCCAGAUAUCUGUAGGGAAUUAAAGUUGUGGUACACACUUUCAAAGGCUUUGGCUGAGGCUGCUGCCUGGAAAUUUGCAAACGAAAACAACAUUGACAUUAUUAGUAUUAAUCCAACAAUGGUUUCAGGAACUCUCUUACAACCAGAGGUUAAUGAAAGUGUUGAGCCAAUUUUAAACAUAGUAAAUGGUAUAAAAUUUCCAAAUAAAGUUUUUGGAUGGGUUGAUGUGAAAGAUGUUGCUAAUGCCCAUAUUCAGGCAUAUGAGAUCGCUUCAGCUAGUGGAAGAUACUGUUUGGUUGAGAGAGUCAUACACUACUCUGAACUUGCUAGGAUUUUACAUGAUCUGUACCCUACAUUACAAAUUUCAGAUGAAUGUGAGGUCGAUGAGCCUUAUGUGCCAACAUAUCAAAUUUCCACAGAAAAGGCAAAGAACUUGGGAAUAGAAUUUACUCCUUUGGAAGUGAGCCUCAGGGAGACUGUGGAAUGCUUCAGAGCAAAGAAGAUUGUCAACUUUUAAUCCGUGAGAUAUCCUAGAUGAAUAAAUGUUGAUGAUCUCAACCGCGUUCAGUUUGUGACUAUAAUAAACUCCAUGGUUGAGAAGGAAGAUUCACUGUUCAUGGCUUGUAUCAAAACAAACAGGUUAAUAUUGUUUGGCGA